AUGAAAGGGGACGGUGACAACAACCCGACUCACGUCGAAGAUGGCGAGGUUGGCAAGAACCAAACCAACCUAGGCCUUGUCGACAACGAAGUUGCCCAGUACGUUGGCGAGGGUAGAGUUCACAUCGACGAUGCCGAGAACAAGCGACUCAGGAGGAUGGUUGACAAGCGGAUUCUCGUGGUCAUGAUUGUUACGUACUUUACACAGUCGCUCGACCGAGGAACCAUGUCUUUUGCCUCCAUCAUGGGGAUUAUUGAUGAUGCAAAGCUUGGGCACAAUCAGUAUUCGUGGUUCACAACUAUCAUGUAUCUGGUUGUGUUGGUUGCAGAGUAUCCAGAGAACUGGAUCCUUCAACGUGUCCCAAUCGCAAAGUGGCUGUCGAUCAAUAUCAUUCUUUGGGGAGCCGUCCUCGCUUUGCACGCGUCUGUCAACCAGCCUUCGUUCUUCUCUCGUCAACUUGUGUGUAAUUGGUACAAAAAAGAAGAACAAGCGAGCACGAUUAUAUAUUGGUACAUGAUGAACGGCUUGCAACAGAUUUUGGGCGGCCUGGCCGCAUUUGCCUUCUCCUUCGUUCCUCACGACUCCCCAAUCAAGUCUUGGCAAGCUUUAUUCAUGACCUACGGAAUUGCGACGGUUUUCUGGGGCUUCUUUGUCCUUUUCUGGAUGCCGGAUUCCCCGAUGAAGGCCAAGUGUUGGUCUGAAGAAGAUAAGAGACUCAUGAUCGAGCGAGUUCGCGAAAAUCGUACUGGUGUACAGAAUCGUGUUUUCCGCAAGGAGCAAAUAUACCAUGCGAUCGCAGACCCCCAAGUCUAUGCCUUUGCUCUAAUUCAAGUAUGCACAACACUACCUUCGGGUGGAAUUGGUGCAUAUGCCAACAUUCUGGUUAAGUCAUUCGGGUUCUCAACCUGGGAGACACAGCUUCUCCAGAUGCCAAUUGGAAUUGUCAUGCUGACGGUGAUGUUGACAUCCGCCUGGGCUGAGCGAAAGUUUAAGCAAACGAUACUCGUCAUGAUGCUUGGUCUACUACCUACAAUUGCCGGUGUUGUGGUUCUCAUCUCCGUGCCAUUUCACAUCGACAAGAGGGUCGGGCUACUAAUCGCCUACUACAUAAUCUACUCCUUCUGGACAUGCUCUGGCCUGGCACUCUCCCUCGUCUCCAGAAACGUGGCUGGCCAGACGAAGAAAUCCGCUGUCAUUGCCAGUAACUUCGUCUUCUGGGCGGUGGGCAACGCAAUUGGGCCCCAAUGCUUUCGGGACCAGGAUGCUCCUCGAUAUUUUCUGGCACUUGCCAUCAUCUUGAGCUGUUUCGUCUUUUUGGAGAUUGUCCUCUUUGCGCUGCGAACCUAUUAUAUCUGGAUCAAUAAGCAACGAGACGCAAAGGUUGCUAGCGGAGAAGUCGUUGAUGACGUUAAUUUUGCCCACGCUUUUGAGGAUAUCGCUGAUAAUGUAAGACCUGAACAUCUCACACCAAACGGCUGA